AUGCGCCUAGGCGCACCUGCACAACAGGCAGAGGUGACCGAGAUUGAUGUGGAGUUGCAGGGCAAGUCGGCGGACGGAAAGCACAGCGCGCCGAAGGCGACGUCAGCUCGUUACAGCGGCGCCGGCGGCAGCGGCAGCGGCAGCGGCCAGGCGCCGGCUGGAGCACCUCGUGACCUCCCGCCUGGUCUGCGUGCACUUCCGCCUCCGCCUCCGCCGCUGGUGGGCUUCGUUAUCGGCGGCAGGGCGCGGUUGCUCCACUCGCGGUCCGCCGCUCGUUUGCCGCUGCCAGAUCGCAGUUCCUCUGCCGGCCAGACGCCUGACGUGACGACGGCGCCGACGGCGGACGACGGCUCGGUGGAGCAGCCGCUGCCGCCCCCGGCCGGCCCCGCCCCCGCGGCCCCCGAGGAGGAGGAGGAGGAGGCGGAGGUGAGCAGCGAGGUGUCGGUGCGGCUGCACCAGGAGGCCGUGCUGGAGUGCGCGCCGCCGCCGGGCACCCCGCACUGGCGCCACCGGCCCAGCGGGGGCGGCCCGUGGCGCGGCAUCGGGGGCGGCGGGGGCGGCGGCGACGGCGGGCACCGCUACGCGACGCUAGAGGCGGGCCAGCUGCGCAUCAGCAGCGUGCGCCUCGAGGACGCCGGCCUGUGGCGCUGCGAGCGGCGCGACGCCAGGUCGCACCGGCCGCUGCCCGGGCGCGCCGCCCAGCACCGGCUCGCCGUCACCGAGCCGCCGCACGCGGUCUUCCUGGAGGUGGACGGGCGGCGGCUGGACCCCGGCAACGUGUUCCUGCCGGUGCUGGAGGGCUCGGCGCUCGCCGUGGGCUGCGUGGCCGAGGGCGGAGAGCCGCCGCCGCGCCUCUCGUGGCGGCUGGCGCUCGCCGGGCACACGCAGCCCGCCGCGCCGCUGCCCGCCGCGGCCCACGUGCUGCGCUCCGAGGCACGGCUGGCGCGGCUGCUGCGCGCGCACCACAACGCCAGCGUCGCGUGCCUCGUGCAGCACCCCGCGCUGCCGCAGCCCGCGCUACAGGUCUCGCUGCUGCUCGACGUCCAGUACAGCCCGUCCUUCGCCAUCAGCCGCACGCCCGGCUUCGGCUUCCCGCUGCUGGAGGGCAUGGCCGUCUCCCUCAAGUGCGACGUCGACUCCAACCCGCCGUCCAGCCCCGUCUGGGUCAAAGAUGACGGCGCGCCGCCGGUAGCCCAGUCCAACGAUGGUUUCCUCAACUUCAGCUCCAUCAGCCGCGAGCACAUGGGCUGGUACAAGUGCACCAGUCGCGACGCCAGCUCCAUCGGCUACUACCUCAACGUCAUCUAUGUGAUGAUGGCGGUGGCAAUGGAGCAUCGGUCAGAGCAGAUGACGCUGCUGACUGGUGCAGUUCUAAAAUUGAUGAUGGCAGUGGCAGCGGCGGCAACGGAUCAGCAGAAGGCGGUGGGCGCGGGCCCGCAGCUGUCUCUGGAGCGCGUGCUGUACCAGGAGGCGGGCGUCUACCGCUGCGAGCCGGACCGCCGCGCGCAGGGGCUGCUCGACCGCCGCCGCGCCGCGCUCAGCGUCCGCCUCAACGUCACCGGCGCGCCGGUGGUGCACCCCAGCAACGCGACCGUGUCGGCGCGCAGCGGCCAGAGCGUCACGCUGCGCUUCGAGUUCUGCGCCAACCCGGCGGCGCAGCGAGCCCUCUGGCUCGUGUCGUCCGCCGCCGCCGCGGCCGGCAGUUCGCCGCUGUGCCGCGAGGCUGCGCUGACGCUGGCGGCGGCGUCGCCGUCGGACGCGGGCGAGUACUCGCUGGUGGUGCGGUCGCCGCGCGGGCUGGCCGAGGGCAGCGUGCUGCUCGCCGUGACGCGCGCCUCCGGCCUGGCUGGGAGCGCCGCCCCGCCUACGAAAACUUUGACAGAGGCGAAGGCUGCAGUGGCUGUGCCCAGCCUUCUGUGA